AUGCCGGCUCCCAUUAGCGAAGAGGAGGAACGGAGCAUUCAAAGUGGAGAUGGCAUCAUGUGGACAAACCAAGAAGACAUGCGGAAUACUACUAAUCCACCAACUCCUCCACUCGUCCCCAUGGCUAGUGCAGGCGACAGUUUUACUCCAAUCAUGAAUGUCGACAAUGCCGUCAAUCCAUCCACUGCCGGAAAUCGUACAAACAACAAGAAGGAUGGCGCGCUAUCCAAGUUAUCACAACCACAAUUAUUCAUCAUUGCCGGAAUUUUCUGUGGUGGCUGUUUGAGCGGGAUCAUCUUACUCAUCUUUUUUGCGGUCCAGUCCGGAAAGAACAGUGACGAGACCACAUCCACCAAAACCAGCAUGUUGCGAGGACGGAUUGUAGAUGACGACUUCUACCGCAAUAACGACGAUGAUUUCUACUAGCUGGGUAGUUAGCUACGGUACGGAAGAUUUGAAGAGGCAGCAAAAGUUUACAUAAAUGCAUAAUAGUGACUAGACGAGCUAAAUAGAG